GUUGCACCAUGGAUGGAGUAAUCACCUAGCCAGAAGUUGUGGAUAUGUUUUGCUUAAUAAGUGUCAUUGUAACCAACAGGAUUGUUGUUAACGUUAGUAAUGAGAGGGCUAAUUUUAACUUCACUCGUUAGUUAAACGUCCACAUAUUAGUGAGGCGUGAAGCAAAUUAACCUAAACUGAGCAAGUUUUUGUUAAACUUGCUAGCUGCUGCGUGUUGUGCUGUUUUCAUAUAUCACCCCCAUGUUCAUUGCCGUUUAAAAACAAGUAAAAAUGGCAAACCUAGAGCAAUGGGUGAGCGACAGUCUGCACGACAUCCUCGGCCUUAGUGACAGAUAUGUCGCCCAGUUCAUGAUCGGCUCCGCGCGUAAAUCCUCGAGCGCUCAAGGCUUUGUGGCCCACCUCAAGUCGACGGGCACCAUCGACAUUAAUCAGAGAGUGAUCGCCUUUGCACAGGAACUGUAUGAAAAGAUUCCUCGUAAACAAGUCGUUGAAAAGCCAGCCAGAGCGAUAGAGCGACAUGUCAUGGAGAUUGAGAGGAAGAAUCGAAAUUACACCCUACUGUCGGACAGCGAGAGUGACGGAGAGGCGGUGAGAGAGAGGGAGAAGGAGAAGAAGAAAAGUAAAGACCGAGGCGAUAAGAGGAAGCACCUCAGGAAAAGGGAGGAGAGUCAAUCAUCUAGUGAAGAGGAGACCCCUAAAAGUAGUAAGCUGGGCCAUGGCAACCAGAAGUCCAGUAAGAAUGAUGAAGAGGAGGAGGAGGAGUGGGAGAAGGAAGAGAGAGAACGCGUACUGGAUCUGGAAGAGAGGGAUGCCUUUGCCGAACGAAUGAAACUGAAGGACAAAGACAAGACGAGGAACAUCAUGGAGAGAACGGACAAGAAGGGCUACGAGGAGGCUCAGAAAAGACUAAAGAUGGCAGAGGAGGAUCACAAGAAAAUCGUGAGCACAUUAUUAAAAUGCCCAGUAGCUAUUGUCAUAUAA